ACAGCUUCGGUGAGUCGUCGCAGAGUGCAUUAGACUACGGCGCUGGUUAGGAGCCCCUUUUUUCUGAUUAUCAGCCACAGCGCGUUGCCAAAAGCAUCACAACUUUUUAUUAUUAUUUUCGCCAGUGUUUUAUUAUACCAUUCGAGAGAAUUAGCAUUUUGAAAUUAUUAUUAGAGAAAAGUGUAACAACAACAACAGCCUGUGUUUCAGUCUCAUCCGGAACGUGACACGACUAGGAAGAAUCCAACCCUGCAAGCCAAUUUCAUCGGGAAAAUUGUCCCGAACUAACUUUUGUUUUUGGUUUGUCGCCCGCGCGCCAAAAUCAAACCCCAAAAUGGACGGCCGAGAGAUGAUCUAUUGGCUCCUGCUGCUGGAACUGUCCGUCCUGGCGGCCCAGCCGUUCGACAACAACAACAACAACAGGCCGGUCGAUCACCAGCGCAAGAUCUUGGUGCGGAUGGUUUGGCCUGGGGGCCACACCGUCACCCCUCCGUCAGAGGAUGACACAACUCCGAUUCCGGUAGUCAUUCCGGCUGCUAGUUUCAGCCGCCAGAUGAUCAUCAGGUUCCCGUCGUCCGGAUCCAUCAGUUCGGCGGAGCAGAAACAACAAUCCUUGCAGGCGAUUUCGUCGGCUGGAUACGAUCCGCCCACGACGGAAGAGUCGGCCGAUUAUUCGCUGGACAGUUACGUCAGUCUGUCGCUAUCCAGCGGCGGAAGCGAUGCGGAAGGAGCCGAUCAGAACCUGCACCGAUCCAGGAAUGAGAAAUCCUACGACGGAAACAACAGCAAACUGGAUCUGCUCCAGCAGCUGCUACGCCUGGCCCCAUCCAGCGUGGAAAACGGCAACUACGACAAGUGCAAUCAUCCGUUCCACAGCUGGAUCUGCAGCAACAACAACAACAAGGAGAUUGCACGAUCCACUACGCCGCAACCUACGACAACCAUCCAACAGCAGGCGGAAUAUUUCCCCAUUUCUUCAUUUGAAAAUGUUCAAAUUUUGAUUCCGGAUCUCAGCCCGACUAUAGUUCCACCGCUUCCGGCUCCUCCUACUCCGAUUGAGGAGCGCAUUGAAGUCGUGGAUUCGUGGGCCGGAAUGGAUCCCUGCAGUCACCCGUUUCACAGCUGGAUGUGCAAAAAGCCCAAAAUUAUCCAGCCUCCGACUCCUCCGCCGGAAUUCAAAGAAACCGGAGCAUCGGUACUGGAUGAGAAUCUUUUGCUUCCGUCGGUUGAACCCAGCACGACGACAUCCACCACUACACCCGCACCCACCACGGUUCCACCCACAACCAAACGAUCCAGUUGGGAUGGAGCCGAUCCUUGUACUCAUCCGUUUCACAGUUGGUUGUGCGGAAAACGCCAGCCGGCCGCUAGAACAACAACAUCGCCUCCGCCAACCACAACAACUCCGCAGCCAUUCAAUUCGGAUGCUUCUUUCUUCAUUCCGGAUCUCAAUCCCGCCCCGAUUCCGACUACCACCCAACCGCCUCCGCCCACGACGACUCUUCCUCCGCUCAUCAUCCGCACGUUGGCUCCGAAAAAAGGGUGGGACGAAGCGGAUUCGUGUUCCCAUCCAUUUCACAGUUGGCUCUGCGAGAAACCCAAAGUGAGGACGACUCCGCCGCCGACAAUUCCGCCGAUCACAACUCCCAUCCCUACCACCACCACGACUCCGCCUCCACCUCCUCCGCCGGAAGAGAUUGUCAUCUUUGAAACAGCUCCCUCGAUUGAUGAGGGGAAUCAACUGGUUCCGGAUGUUUCUCCGCCUCCGCCAAUCACGACGGCCAAACCGACGAAAUCAUCCGGAUGGGACGAGGCGGAUUCGUGUUCGCAUCCGUUCCACAGUUGGUUGUGCGCCAAGCCGCAGGCGAAACAACCCAGGACAACUCGUCCGCCCCCGACCACGACCACUCCUCUACCGGCGGCGGAUAUCCAGCUUCCGGAGGCCGCAUCGAAUUUCGAAACGCAGGACGCCAUUCCGCUGCCGCCGCCGGAAAUCACAACGUACAGACCCGCAGUGAAAAUAAUACCUACACAAUCUUCCGGAUGGGCGGAAGGUGCGGAUCCGUGUAGUCAUCCAUUUCACAGCUGGCUGUGCGCGCCUAAGCCGCCAGCGAAAGCCAGGACGACUCGUCCGCCUCCGACGACAACUCUUCCACCUCCGGCAGACAUCCAGCUUCCGGAUGCCUCGAAUUUCGGUCCUCAAGAUGCGAUCCCGCUUCCGUCACCGGUGGUUAUCCCCACACCGGCAGCAGUGGUCAUUCCAACUUCCGGCUGGGCGGAAGGUGCGGAUCCUUGCACUCAUCCGUUCCACAGUUGGUUGUGCAAUCGUUCGCCAUCCGCCAAACAGAACCUGGAGCUCGGUUCUAAUUUGAGGGUCGGUCGCCAAUCGUCCUUCCAGUCGGAAGUGGAAGCCCAGGAAGAGGAAACGGUGGAAUCGUCACGAUGGAACAAGUUUGAAUCGCUGCGGCUGUUGCCAUCUGGCGUUCGCCAAAGGAAAUAGCCUAAAGAAAAACAAACAAAACACAAAUUAAACAAAAUACUCUUUUUUUCAUUAAUUCCGUGUGCCAUCCGAUUCUUAAUUCAAACUUCCCGCUCCUAACAUCCAUGAUAAUCCUAGCGACAAUUUUUAAACAAAACACACAGACGGAAAACACUAUUACCCCCCACAAUAUUUAGCCUAGCUGGCACUAUACUCCACACACAUUUUAAACAAUUUCAAAUUGUAGUUAAUUCAAGUCAAGCCUCAUUGUGGAAUUGUAUCGAGAUUUUCGACCGGAAACGGACAGCGGAUCGCGGUUUCCCUCCCCCAAAAAAUUCAAAAAUAUGCUACACAUGAAUCCAGAUGCAAGCAGGUAUUGUAUCAUGUCAGGCAUAACAAGUUGCCACUAAUUAAAUUGGGGACUAAAAAAAAAAUUGAAAGUAUACGGGAUUUGAUUUAAUCGGUUUUUGAUAGCAGGAAGAAAGUAAGAAUCAAAAGCAAAUUAAAUAAUAAUAAUUAAAAAAAAAUAGGACAAAAUCAAAGACAAAAAAAAAUGUUUAAAAAAAUUCUACGACAUUGAUAAUUUUAUAAUUGAAAAAAAAAAUUCGAAAUACAAAAAUCGAGUUUAGAUUUAUCUCACGAUUCACCAUCAUCAGCGCCAUCUGGAGAGCGAGGCUGGACCUUGUAAGAUUCUUUUCUUAAUAACACACGAGAGGAAAACAAUCACGCAACACCGAACACAAAUAAACACACGCAACUGCGGUAAUAGGUACAUAUAAUCUAACGUUACCGACCCAACAUUUCCAUCAACGCAAUACGAAAUAAUAACACAAUAAAUUGCAAAAUCAUUCGGUCCGAUCCCACAAAUGGAAAUUUAUAAAUUUGUUUGAUUAAACCCUCACAUUCAUUCGUUCUCCAAAUUCUCUUUUUCUCUUUUUUUGUCUCCAAAAUGUUUGUUUCAAAUGAUCUAAAUGUUCCCUUCGAAAAAUAUGUAUCGACAAAAAUAUUCUUUCGACAUUUUAUUGUGUAAAUAAACGCGGCGUUCGAUUCGGCAAAAAAA